UCCUAUCUUUUUCCAGACCUAAAAGACAUAUAGAUGUAUAAUUCCAAUGCUAUUUAAAGAAGUCACUCUGUCUCUCUCUCUCUCAUCAAUCUCUCGUUACCAGCUAACUCUAUCACUUUUGUGUAUCACAGUAAAAUUACUCCCCCACUAGUCUCACACUCUUCUCAUUCCUCUCACCUAUAUAUACAAAUGUAAAUCCACAGCAAUUUUUUAAUUUCCAUCACAAAUUUCUGCGUCUUUACUCUUUGUUCUUCCCUUUCUCCUCAACUCCUUGUUGGUUGUUUGCUCUGCAUCUCUGGGCUGUUAGUGAGGUUUUCUUCUCUCUCUACUUGCUCUGUUUCUAAUUACCACUCUUAAUUUUCUCACUCUUUGGCCUAUAUGUAUCUCUCUUCUGCUGAACUUGUUCUUCCCUGGUGUUGAUUUUCUUGCUCAUUUUCCUCACAAAUAUGUAUGUUUGAUUUGGUAAAGGUUGCUCCUUUCUCUAUAUUGUUGUGUACCUCUGAUUUCUUGCCCCGUGUUGUAUUCUGGAUUUUUAGAUUUUUAGUUUUAUUGAAAGAAGCAUUUCUCUUUUGGGUUUUUAUUUUAUUUUAUUUUAUUUUAUUUUAUUUUUCAUUUCUCUGGUAUCAAAAAAUCACGAUUUUGAUGGUAAGUGGUAAGGUUGUUCCAUUGCGAUUUAGGGGUCAUAGGUUUAAAUCUUUGGAAACAAUCUUCCUGCACUGCGCAAAUCUGACCCCAACCCUCCUCAGAUCCCAAUGGCAGGAGCACACUACCGUGGUGUUUGAGGGGGAGAAUGUGAAGGUUAUGCAUUUUCUCUCUUUUUGUCUCUGUAAAAUUGCUGGAUAUUAAGUCUUUUGGGCCCCUAUUUCUCCAUUUGAUAGUUGGGUUUUCCCCUAUUCAAAGAUCUGGUGCUCCAUCUCUUUCAAUCUCUUAUCUCCAAACUUGAUCCUGAUCUACAACAGUGACGUUUAUGGCAAAUAAGUUUAGAUCUAUCCCUUUCAUUGUGCUCAUUUGUAGUUUGUUUUUGUUUCAUUUAAUUCGUCUCCCCCAAAUACUGGAUUUUCAUUAAUUUUACUAGUAAUGUGUUCUCUGCUCCUUAAUCUGUGAAGUUUUAGAUGGAAGAAGGGGCUGAUUUCCGGUGUUGGGAUGAGCUAAUACCCGAUGCACUCGGGCUGAUCUUCCGCAAUCUAUCUCUCCAGGAGAUACUCACAGUGGUGCCCAGGGUUUGCAAAUCAUGGGACAAAGUGGUGAUGGGGCCUUAUUGCUGGCAAGAGAUUGACAUUGAGGAAUGGAGUAGUCGGUCCGACCCCGACAACAUCGAUCAAAUGCUUCGAAUGCUGAUCGUAAGAAGCGGCGGUUCGCUGCGAAAGCUGUGUGUUUCGGAGUUGCAGAGUGACCUCAUUUUCUCCUUCAUUGCAGACCAUUCUGGUUCUCUUCAGAUGUUGCGGCUUCCGAGAAGUGAUAUGAGCGAUGCAAUUGUCGAACAGGUUGCCGGGAAGCUCUCUUCCAUCACCUUCUUAGAUUUGAGUUACUGUUGUAAAAUUGGCGCUCCUGCAUUGGAGGCCAUUGGGAAGCACUGCAAAUUGCUCACAGGGCUGCGCAGGAACAUGCACCCCAUCGACAUGGAUGGAAAGCUUUCCCAAGAAGACGAGGCUCAUGCCAUUGCUGUCACGAUGCCCAAGCUCAAGCACCUUGAGAUGGCUUACCUUCUCAUUGACACUCAAAGCGUUCUUGAGAUCAUCUCAAGCUGUCUUGAGCUCGAGUUCUUGGAUUUGAGAGGAUGCUGGAAUGUGAAGCUUGACAAGAAGUACCUCGAAGAAAAGUUCCCAAAACUGAGGGUUUUGGGACCGCAAGUCGUGGACCAUUACGAGAGGAAUAGCUGGGAGGUUUGCUCGGAUUACACGGACUCUUUCUACGACAGUGACAGUUUCAGUUUUGAUGGAAUGUGGGACGAUGAAGAAAGUCUGGAACUUAGGUUUUAUGAUGGAUUUGAUGAGGAUUCUGUUUAUGGUUGGCCUCCAUCUCCUUGAAAGCUUUUCUUCCCUUGGUUUCUGUUUCUGUUUCUUGUGGCCUUUUUAUGUUUGGAACUUCUAUGUGAUAUCUAUGGAUGUAUAUGUUUCAAUGGAAUGAACAUGUAUGAGUUUUUAGUCUUUCAUUGUGAAGGGUAUUUUUAUUA